AGGGAGCAUAAUGAUUAAUCACAGCUUUGCAUGAAGGUUUAAAUUGCACCAAAUGAACAGGGAAGAGCAUCCUUUCAGUCAGAGUUCUGCUUGCUCUCCUCCUGAAGAUGAUAUCAAUGAGGAUCCUCUGUGUCUUGCUGUGCCUCCACUUACCCUGGGCACAAGGUGGAGAGACUGACUUUGAAAAGGAGGGUGCAGGAGUGCGUGGUCCCAGGAUUGUGGAGCACAUGGCCCAGUCCACGUGCCAGUAUGAGAAGAACUGGCCCAUCUGUGCAGAUGAUGACUGGGGUACCAAAUGUCCUUCAGGCUGCAGGAUGCAAGGACUAAUUGAUGAAACGGACCAGGAUUAUAGUCACAGAAUAGACAAAAUCAAGAAGCUGCUAGCAGAAAGUCAAAACAACUACAAAAAAUCCAAUCGGAUAAUUGUGGAAACCAUAAAUGUACUAAAACCAAACCUGGACAGUGCUCAGCAGACUGAUGAGAAUUACGGUCACGUGUCAGGAGAACUGAGGCGGAGAAUUGUGACAUUGAAGCAGAGAGUUGUCACUCAAGUAAACAGAAUUAAAGCUCUGCAGAACAGCAUCCAGGAACAGGUGACAGAGAUGAAGCGCUUGGAGGUGGACAUUGAUAUUAAGAUACGAGCUUGCAAAGGAACCUGUGCUAAAAGUUUUGGUUACCAGGUGGACAAGGAAAGCUAUGACAACAUCCAGAAGCAGCUUACCCAAGCCAACUCCAUCGACUUGCACCCAGAGCUUCAAACCACCACCUUAAGCACACUGAAAAUGAGGCCACUUAAGGACUCAAAUGUUCCUGAGCAUUUUAAGCAUAAGCCUCUGCCAGAAAUGCAAGCUCUGAACAUAAUUAAUAACAUCAAGCAGAUGCAGGUGGUAUUAGAAAGACCAGAAACAGACACAAACCCUCCCCGAGGUGACAGCUUGUAUCACGUGGCAGAAUCGAGGGGGGAUGGACCUGCAUACACCAGCAAAUUAGUUAUUCCUGCUCAUGGGAGAGAAACCCUUAGUCUGGGAGACAAAACCUCCUCCCCUGUCCGUAGAUGCACCAAAACUACCACCACAAAAUAUGUCAGUGGCCCUGAUGGCCCUAGGGAAGAAGUAGUUGAAAAGGUGGUUUCUUCUGAUGGCUCAGACUGCUCCCAUUUCCCAGGAACAGGAACUGUUGGUGGGACAGGUGACUCACACAAGCUAGAGAGGUUAUUCCCUGAGCUAGAGUCGUUUUUUACCCCUGACUCUCCAUCCACUGCUAGUAGGCACUUUGGUGGAUCUAGCAGCAUUUCAACUAGCAGCCACUUAACUGGCACAGGCACUAGCCACUCAAGUACUGGGGUAUCCAGUCAUUCAGGGACUUAUGGGGGGAAAGGCAAAUUUACAGACUUAGGAGAGGAUGAAGAAGAUGACUUUGGAGGACUUCACCUUCAGCCAUCUGGAUUCCCAUCUGGCAGUGCAAGUCACUCCAAGACCGUAGUGACCAGCGCCUCUUCUAGUUUCAACAAGGGAGGCUCCACUUUCGAAACCAAAUCACUAAAGACCCGUGAAAUAACUGAGCAGCUAGGUGGGGUGCAACAUGAUCAGAGUGCAGAGGACACCCCAGACUUUCAGGCACGCAGCUUCCGACCGUCAGGAUCGAAGCGAAGGACAGCCAGUGCUGGGAAAGACUGUGAUGAUAUCCGCCAGAAACACACUUUUGGUGCCAAAAGUGGCAUUUUCAAAAUCAAGCCAGCGGGAUCCAAUAAGGUUUUGUCAGUUUAUUGCGACCAAGAAACCACUUUGGGAGGAUGGCUAUUGAUCCAACAGAGAAUGGAUGGAUCAGUGAAUUUUAACCGGACCUGGCAAGACUACAAGAGAGGUUUCGGCAGCGUGGAUGGCAGAGGGCGAGGAGAGUUCUGGCUGGGCAAUGAAAACAUACACUUGUUGACUCAGAACAACACUCUUCUUCGGGUAGAGUUAGAGGACUGGGAUGGAAAAGCUGCGUAUGCGGAGUAUAUCGUACAGGUAGGGUCUGAAGCAGAAGGGUACACCCUUGCUGUGUCCUCCUAUGAGGGAACCGCUGGGGAUGCUCUGAUCGCUGGCUGGCUGGAGGAGGGCACCGAAUACACAUCCCAUGCCCAGAUGCAGUUCAGCACCUUUGACCGCGACCAGGACCGCUGGGAGGAGAGCUGUGCAGAGAUGUACGGGGGUGGCUGGUGGUACAACAGCUGCCAGGCGGCCAACCUCAAUGGCAUUUACUAUUUGGGGGGCCACUAUGACCCCAGGUACAACGUUCCUUAUGAGAUUGAAAAUGGCGUGGUCUGGCUGCCAUUUAGAGCCUCUGACUAUUCCCUUAAAAAUGUUAGAAUGAAAAUCAGACCCGUAGAAAGGCAGGCUUUUAAUUAAUAUGUUACAACUACAAGUUGAAAAGUUUUUUUAUAUGUGUGUGUGCAUCAUGUACCUUUACUCUGGGAAUUUGAAGGCAACUGGACACAUCUAUGGCUUAAAAAUAAACACUGAUUAAUUAUCAACAAAA